AUGAGUGAUUGUGAUUCUCCAACCCAAGUAGAUCAAGUUGAUCAGGUUGCAGAUUCAGAAGAACCUAUUUUACCUUGGCCAAAUUAUCAAAAAUAUUUUAAAGUUUUAAGAGUUAUUGAGGAUAAUUUUUUUUAUAAGAAGCUGGAAGUGAAGUGCUUAAGUUGUGUCGGUACGAAGUGUUACAAGGUGGAUUCACGUUCAAACUCAAAUAUAAGAAAACAUUUAAGCGUUAUAUUAUUUAAUUUUAUUCAAUUAAAGAAAAUAGAUCACAUUGAUAAUGCUGCGAAUAAAAACACUACAAAGAGAUACAAUGAUGGAUCAUUGAAGCAUAACGCUGGUAGUUCUUUACAACAAUCGGAUAAAAAUAACCAAUUAAAACAACCAGUUUUAGAAGAUUUUUUGAACAACAAAAAAUUAACUAGUCAAAGUACUUUAGAUCAACUAUUGCAAAAAUUUAUUGUAAGUGCUAAUGUACCCUUCAGAAUAAUAGAAAAUCCUGUUUUGAAAGAAAUAAUUUGUAGAGGUUUCCCAAACAAAAAAAUUAUGUCUCUACCUACACUAAUGAAAACAAUUGAUUUUCAAGAAUUAUCAUUAAAAAUGAAAUUUGAGAUGUCCAAAUGUGCCCAUAUUGCUACGACUGCGGACGGCUGGUCGAUUUUUAAAAAGACUCUAAAAAAGCUUUGUCUAAUCCUGCAUACAAAAAACAGUCAAGAAGCACUUUCGCUAAGUCUACCGCUUUAUGGAACAAACAAGGUCGCUCAACUAAUUCAGCUGAUUUAG